GGCAACUAUCAAAAGAUUCCUCCUGCUGUUCCAAUUUACGAAAACACCCUUCCAAUUAACGGCUGUUAGAAACGGUCGAAGUAUCUUUUACGGCUGUUUUAGGGCAUGUUUGUUAGAACUAGAGGUGGCAAUUUACCCCGAUCCUCGCGGGAUCCUGUGAGAAUUCUCGUCACGGGGGCAAGCCCUCACUCACUUUCGAAUAGUCAAACUUUCACAGUCUCACCUCAACUUCGACCUUCCCCUCCCCUUCUUGCUUCUGCAGUUUUUCCUCACUCACUCUCACGGCCUUACCUUCGACUUUCCCUUUCCCUUUUGGCUUCUGCUGCUUCAGAUCUGCUGCUGGAGCCUGGAGCUGCUGUCAAGAUUUACUACUGGAGCCUACUGACUGGAGCUGCUGUCGAGAUAUGCUGCUGGAGCUUGAAACUAUUGUCGAGAUCUAUUAUUGGAGCUUGGAGAGCCUGGAGCUGCUGUCGGGAUCUGCUACUGGAAAUGGGGAAAUGUUUUAUAUUUUUUGAUAUUAAUUAAUGGGAAAUGGGGAUGGGCAAAAUUUACCCUCGUGAAAAAUUCUUACGGGGAUCCCAGUCCCCGCCAAUGGCAGGGAAGAGGGGACAGGGAUGGGGAGUAA